UCCCACCCCCAAAAGGAAAAAAAAACUGCUUUUUUAAAAAAGAAGUCGCACCCUCUGAUGGUAAUGGCCUGGACCCUACCCUGCCGAGUGGAGUAUUUCCGUCUCCACUGGGCGACCGGCGUCGAGGUGAGGGGUGGAGAAGGAUGCUGUCUGGGUGCUUCAGUGCAAGCGUCAGGAAAGCGGGACCACAGGCCCCGGCGGCCGGCUGCUGCCUUGCGAGACCCAGCCGGGAGGGCAGGGGGCGCUAGGGUGCCGGGGGCGGGCGCCAGCGCUCACCAAUCACAGCGCGGCCCCGCCCUAUAAAUAUCGCGCGCCCGAGCCACCCGCAUCUUACUGCCUCGUUGGGUCUAGCGGUUUAGUUAGUUUUUCCUUACUUCCGCCAUGUCCGAAGUCGCGCUCCCCGCUCCAGCUGCUUCCACUCCCCCUGAGAAGCCUUCAGCUGGCAAGAAGGCGAAGAAGGCUGUGAAGGUUGCAGCAGCCGCCAAGAAGAAACCCGCGGGCCCUUCAGUUUCGGAGCUGAUUGUGCAAGCCGUUUCCUCCUCUAAGGAGCGCAGCGGUGUGUCCCUGGCCGCGCUGAAGAAGGCGCUGGCAGCCGCUGGCUACGAUGUGGAAAAGAACAACAGCCGCAUCAAGUUGGGUCUUAAGAGCCUAGUAGGCAAAGGCACCUUGGUGCAGACCAAGGGCACCGGCGCCUCGGGUUCUUUCAGGCUCAACAAGAAAGUAUCCUCCGUGGAUGCUAAGCCCAGCGCCACAAAGGUGGCAACGAAGACCAAGGUAACAAGCGCUUCUAAGAAGCCCAAGAAGGCCACUGGGGCGGCUGCUGCUAAGAAAGGUGUGAAGACUCCAAAAAGGGCUAAAAAGCCUGUGGCGACAAAGAAGUCUUCCAAGAGUCCUAAGAAGCCCAAGGCUGUGAAGCCUAAGAAAGUAGCCAAGAGCCCUGCCAAAGCCAAGGCUGUGAAACCCAAAGGGGCCAAAGUAAAGAUAACCAAGCCAAAGACCGCUGCCAAACCCAAGAAGGCAGCACCCAAGAAGAAGUAAGAGUUCCGUUGGAAGCUGCUUCCAAUAAACCAACGGCUCUUUUAAGAGCCACCAACUUAUUUCAGGGAAAGAGCUUUAUUACCACACUUUUUUUUUUUUUUCUCUUUCUGCCCUCAUGCAAAUAGUGUGUGCAAGCCAUUCUUAGCUCUACAUCAGAAUCUUAAAACUCACGCUGUGGGGUUAGAAGUGGGUGUUUUGGGCCUCUCAAACGAUUUCCCUAAUCCCGUUUUAAUCUUUUUACUUGUCUGUCAGAAACAAGCAGAGGAACUUUGGGGCCUAUCCUUUAAUCCCAUACCCCAAAGUCGUUCUCAGCAGCACGAUUGAGGGCUGGGUCCGUGUGCUAUGUGCUCGUUCGUCUGUUAAAGAUUUCUCGUGUUAUCUGAGAUCAAGGCCGGGACAUAGGUUCUUGGGCCAUAUCGCUAUCGCUAAGUUGGCUUUUUCCGAAAUUGGGUGGCUCUGAAAUGCUUUUAAGGUGACCUUGGGAACGACGGUGAUCCGCCGGCUUACCCGGCAUUCAGAUUGGUGUCUUCGCAAGCCUCAGGCUGCGCCAUCGAGGCCAGGCUCGGCCGACUUACCCCCGGACCAUUUGCCGGUUGUCAGCUAGUUUCCCGCCAGGGUCAGGAGAACUUGGCUGCCCUGGAAUUUUAGAGCUAAAGCCCAAAAUCUCUUACCGGGUUUCUCUGCUCCUGGAAACAGAACGGCCCAGAUUGGAUAAUAUUUGAAAUUUCCGCUCUGUGCCUAACUAGAUAGUAUUUCUCCAGGCGCAGGGUUUUCAACCCUGGUGUGCUACACCACGUUAAAUAUUAAUAUUUGGGGACACUUUUAUAGAAUUGGCUCUUAAAGCUUUCGAAGUUUUAAUUUUGGAAUUCAGUUUAAUUACUACUUUUUUCACAUCCAAGGGGAAAAAACACAAUACCAUAUGUUGAGCCCGGUUUACUCACUUAAACUUAAUGAAAAUCAAUUAGUUGUAAAACUUUUACAUAUAAGGGUGCAAAAAAUUUUUUUAUGUGAAUACCAAGCAUU